CGCUUAUGACGCAAUUCGGAAGAAAUUGUCCAAGAUGGCGGCUGGAUCGCUUCGAGCUGUAAACAGUUUAGCUCGUUUGCCGCUCAAUAACAUAAGGAUUUGCUCAAGAUCACUACAUGCUUCUGGUCGCUGGCGACUACAGGCUGUGACGUACAAGCAAGACAACAACAUAGACCAAGGAAAAAAUUUUAAAACCAAAGAUGAUAUUCAUUUAAUGCCAAAUAGAACUGUUGUAAUUCCAAAGAGAACAAUACUUACUAGUUUUAUACCAGGACCAUUAAGAUCACCACGAAGAAAGAAGUAUGCUGAGAGAAGACUGUUGGGGUAUUCCAUGGAAGAUAUUUAUGCUGUAGUAGCAGAUGUAGAUGAUUACAAGAAUUUUGUUCCAUGGUGCAGAAACUCUUCUACAUUUGGACGUAAGCCUGGACAUUUUAAAGCAAGGAUUUGUGUUGGAUUUCCUCCUCUACUGUCAGAAAACUAUACUUCCAUAGUGACAGUUGUUCCACCAAAUCUAGUCAAGUCUGAAUGUACUGAUGGUGAGAUGUUCAAUUACAUGAAAACUGUCUGGCAGUUUAGUCCAGGUGUCCAUGGCAACCCAAAUACAUGUACUUUGAAUUUUAACGUUGAAUUUGAAUUCAGAUCAGCUAUUCACUCCCAGCUGUCAACAGUAUUUUUUGAUGAGGUUGUCAAAAAGAUGGUCCGUGCAUUUGAAAAACGAUGUCAGUAUCUGUAUGGACCAGAUCAUUUAUGUGAAGCAAUUAAAUCAAGAAGUGCACAGCCUAAUCCCAGAUGACACARGCAUUUCUAAAUUCAUAUUAAUGCUUGAAUAAUAUACAAUCWAUACAAGAAAAGGGUACAUGAAAACCAUGUAGCUGAUAAAAAUAUAAAGUAAUAUUCUUAAAAUUAUAAAUAUCAGAUAUCACUAUCAAGUCAUUGUCAGGUGGUUUUUAUGUAAUCCUUGAACAACACAUUCUUAUGAGAAAGUURCAUCAGAGAUUGUUAUGCUCACUACAACACCACUUUUAUUGUGUAAUUUCUGAAGGUGUGUUCACCAGUAUAAGUGAAAUGUUUAAUAAAAGAUCAGGCAUUUUGUAUAGAGAAACAAAAAUAAUCUCAAUUUUUAAUAGUUUUUGCCUGAAACUAGUUUGAUUUUCUAGGCACAUUUGCACUAGAAUUACACAAAAAAUCAGCUGUGUUUUCAAGGUUUUCAUUUCUUACAUUUGCAGAACUGCAACUACUUCAAAUAUAUAUAGUAUGUAUAGUAGUAUAAAAAUAAAUAUAUUUCCAAUGA